ACGUGAGUGGUACGUUGAACGACAUAUUUUCUGUGGCGAUAGUCGAAGGCAGGUCGUCGUGCUUUUACGGCGUACUUCUUUGUUUUUGGAGACUUUUAGUCGAUUUAUUGUUUUUUUUUUAAAAGGUAGUAGUAGUUGUUUCCUUUUUUACAAAAGUGGAAGAUUCUGUUUUUUUGCUUCUGAUCAAUAUUUUUUUUACCGAACAACGAAGUUUGUCGAGUCAUCUCGGGAUACUUUUCUCGUCAGAUUUCCGACGAAAACUGGUGGGCAUGUGCAGAAAAAACAUGGAAACAUCAACAACUAUCAAGACCGACUUUCUUCAAUCUACUAAACACGAGUGUAAACUUUUCAGUUUAUACACGAAGGACAACGAGGCCUUCAAGCCCCAGCGCCUCCCAAGUAAGGCGGCCAUUCGGAGACAGCGACGCAGAGACUUGAAGCGGGCCCAGCUUGCUGAACUCGCCGGAUUUUUCCUGCUCAAAAACAAGACGGGCAAGUGUACGAGACUAUCCGGCUAUCUUCCCAGCGGCGCCAUGGCCCCCGCUAACACCACGCAGUAUCUGAUGAGCAACGUGUACGAAGACAUGCAGUUGGACCGUCCAAUGGACGUUGUUCCGCCUGUUUUACACAAAACCAACGCUCUCAAAGGAACUUCGAGGAAGCUUUCGACCUCGUCUAGAAACUGGAAUCUGGUCUACGUGGCCUAGUGAAACAGCGCUCGUCUCUACAGUAGUUACGUCACGAGGACAUGUGCUAAAGCGGCGCUUUGGACGCUUCCCAUCCACUAGGGGGCGCUCUGUCGCUGCGUGGCGUCACUCACAGGAAUCAGCGGCACGCCACUCGAGUUGUGGGUCCCGCCCGAGGGUUAUGGGCUCAAGGUAAACCGAGGCAGGUAUUUUGGGGUUGCUGCAUAAUCACUGAUGGAAUUCGGUGAUGAUGUGAACCACUGCCGCAGGUAAAGGUUCUUUCCGCAGUUACUGUUGUCUGAGCGUUUUCCAGGUCGCCCCUGCCGGCUGAGAGAGGGAUUACAGAGCAACGUUGCCUGACUCUUUGUGACGUCGCCUACUUUCCUAAAGCUGGACUGGAGGUUGUGACAUCGACAUAUUUAAUUAAAUGUAAAUAAAAAUAAUCUGUACAAUAAAAGCUUUUAAACUUGUA